CUAAAACCAUCUUGUUCUCAUUAUAUUAUGCAACUUCAAAACCCAACUUCACUGUAAAAUUUCUACAAUAACUCACUCCUCAUUCUGAACUGAACUUUCUUUCGCAAAUGGAUCCUAGGAAACCCUUCAUUGCAGGUGAUGAUAUCAUGGAGCUGCAAUGGCAAAACGGUCGAGUUGUCACACAGAAUCAAAACCACCGUAAUGUCAACCAACCACAGCCGGUGAGAAACUCCGACGACUCCACUCGCGGCGGAAGUACUUCAUUGCCGAGGGAGAAUCAAUAUCUCUUCAUGCAUGAAGGAGAAAUGGCUUCGGUGCAGCAUUAUGCUAACGCUACCAUGCAAGGUCCACCAAUGAGGUCUGAGCCGGUGCCUCCGAACUUCGCAUUCUUUGCUAGGCAAGGCGUUAGAGCUGAACCAGAACCCGCUGAACCAGAACCAGCUGAACCAGAACCAGCUGAAUCGGAAUCGGAACCAGCUGAAUCGGAGUCGGAACCAGCUGAAUCUGAACCGUUAACUGAUACAGAAUCAUUAGUAGAUUCUUCUGAUUCAUCAUCUGUGAUGCCAAUGGCGGUAUCCGAAACAGAGGGAGAAGAAAGCUGCUUGACGGCACCUUCGACAAUGUCUGAAGAAACUGAUGGUUGGAGUGAUUGGAGUAGCGAUGAGGAACAACCCGUUCGGAGGGGAAGUGACGCGGAGGAAUGGAACCAUCAAAGGAAGAGGCGCCGUAAUGAAAUUAAUGAAAAGAUGAGAGUUUUGCAACAACUUCUACCUCGGUCUAAUAAUAAGUCUGAUGAAGAGUCUAUGCUCGAUGCGGCAAUUCAAUACACGAAGUCACUGCAGUUACAAGUUCAGUUUAUGCAGAUGAUGUCCAUGAGAUAUGGCACGGUAUCUAUGAUGUUUCCUGCAAUCCAGCAGUAUAUGCGGCCACCAAUUGGUAUGGGAAUGAACAUGCCAGUAAUGUCAUUUCCCAAUAUGUUUCCUAGUUCUACUUCGUCUCUGAAUUUCGGACCAAGGUUCUCUAUGCCUUCUUUCCACAUGCCGCAUGUUUCUACACCUGGUUCAUUCAUAAUUCCAGCAACAAAUCCGGCAAAUAAUAACAUGUCCACCUCAGUUGGAACAUAUAAUUCAAAUCAUCUAGGUAUCCCAAAUUUUACUGAUCCUUAUCAACAGUACAUGGGAGCCUACCAGAUGCAGUCUCAAUUAAUGCAGAAUCGGGCAAUGAACCAAACAAAUGUCAGCAAGUUCGAAAGUGGCCGCCAGUCAGGAGAUAAAUGAUUAUUUGAUAGUUGCUUACGUAUAUGGUGUUGCUUCAUAUUUGUUACCUCCAUCUAUCAAAAUGGUACUCAUAGUAUUAUUGUAAGUUUCGAAUAUGCUAUAUGUAACUUAGUUUAUUGUAAGUCUCAAAUAUAUUAUUGUAAGUCCCGAACACACUAUAUGUAACUUAGUUUGUUGUAUGUCCCGAAUACGCUAUAUACUACCAGUGUUAUUGUAAGUCUCGAAUACGCUAUAUGUAUUACGAGUAUUAUUGUAAGUCACAAAAACGCUAUAUGUACUUCUAAUAUUAAUGUAAGUCUCGAAUA